AUUAAGUUUGAGUUCAUUAACUUCCUUUCUUUAUGGAGUAGUUGGGUGCUGAAAAUGUUAGGUCCAUCUCUUCUCUUCAACACUAUAAAUUGAUGGAAAUGCUCUCCUAGUCUACCGUAUUCAAUCCUCUCCUCUGUUUUCUACUUUCAGAGAUGGAAAGUAAAGCAGAAUUAUCUCGUAUCAUCUUCCCUUACGUUAGGGUGUACAAAGAUGGAACAAUCGAGAGACUUGCUGGAACAGGUAUUGCUCCUGCAGGCUUAGAUCCUGAGACUGGUGUUCUAUCUAAGGACACCAUGAUUAUUCCAGAAACUGGUGUCUCAGCUAGACUCUAUCUUCCCAAUUCAACAAAAUCUAAUCAGAAACUUCCUCUUGUAAUUUAUUAUCAUGGUGGAGGAUUUUACUUAUCUUCAACUGCUGAUCCCUAUUACCAUCACAGCCUCAACAAAAUAGUUGCUGUGGCUAAUAUCAUACUCGUAUCAGUCAACUACAGGUUAGCCCCUGAGACCCCUCUUCCUGGUGCGUACGAGGACUCAUGGGCUGCACUUGAGUGGGUGGUUUCUCAUGCCAGGGAAAGUACUGGCAGGCACGAGCCAUGGCUCGUUGAUUAUGCAGACUAUGGGAAGGUGUUCUUAGCAGGAGAUAGCUGCGGUGCUAACAUGGCACAUCACUUUGGCUUGAGGAUUAAAGACUCUGAACUGGGUCGAGAGCUGAAGAUUGAAGGAAUUGCCAUGAUCAAUCCUUAUUUCUGGGGAAAAGAUCCGGUGGGUGUGGAGGUAACUGAUCAUCAAAGAAAAACAAUGGUGGAUGAUUGGUGGAUGUUCGUUUGCCCAUCAGAGAAAGGGUGUGAUGAUCCUCUGAUUAAUCCUUUCAUGGAUGGAAAUUCAUCAAGCUUUGAAGGGCUGGGAUGUGACAGACUGCUUGUUUUAGUUGCAGAGAAAGACAUAUUAAGGGAUAGAGGAAGGAUGUACUAUGAAAAAUUGGUGAAAAGUGGGUGGCCAGGGACUGCCAAGAUUAUUGAAACCAAAGGAGAGGAUCACAUCUUCCAUAUAUUUGAUCCCAAUUGUGAGAAUGCUAAGGCCUUGUUCAAACUUCUUGGUUCUUUCUUCAACCAAGCAUAAUUCUGUUUCUUCGUCUAUUAUUUACCUGCUAUUGUUGAUUUGGUUCCUAAGAAAAUUGGAACUAGAGACUUAUUAUUAUUAUUAUUAUUAU